AUGCCCCAGAAGUACACCAUGGAACCGGAGGAAGAACUACUACUACUUCAUAAUGAUACAGUCUUAUCACCUCAAAACGACAACGUCUUGUUCGAACCUUCCAAGAACGGGCGUUGCUGGACUGAGCUUAAGAGUAGAGGGAUGCUCAACUGGGCGAGCAGGAAGAAAGUUCAGUUCCUGCGAAAUGAUGAAGAAGAUGUGAAGUUUGAUCGGUUGGGUGAGGAGAUGAAUGAGAAUCGGAAGAGAAAGCGUGCGACGCACGUGUUUACUGUUGGCUACGACAAGAGGAAGAAGAAGAAGAAAGGGACGAACAACUUAAGUUAUAGAUGGUCGAAAGAGAGGUAUAAAAUGGCAGAGGUGAACAUGUUGAAGAUAAUGAAAGAGAAAGAAGCGGUGUUUGGGAAGCCGAUAUUGAGGCCGGCGUUAAGAUCGGAGGCGAGGAGACUGAUCGGCGAUACCGGUCUGUUGGAUCAUUUGUUGAAACACAUGGCGGGGAAGGUAGCUCCUGGGGGAAAAGAGAGGUUUCGAAGGAGGCAUAACGCUGACGGAGCAAUGGAGUACUGGUUGGAGAGCGCUGAUUUGGUUAAUAUUCGGAAAGAGGCCGGAGUUGACGAUCCUUAUUGGACUCCACCGCCUGGUUGGAGUCCUGGUGAUAAUCCGACUCAGGAUCCUGUUUGUGCUAUGGAGUUCAAGCGCCUCAAGGAAGCCCUCGCCAAAAUGGAAAGGGACAUGCAGCAGCUCUUAUUAAAGAAGCAAGAGGAUGAUGGGGCUAUAGUGAACACUCCAACUUCUUGUAUUACGAGUCAGAACUUUGAUCAUGACAGCUUGUUACUUCCAUUGAAGGAGAUGUAUACUGAUUUGAUGAAUAAGAAAGCUAAGAUUGAGGAACAAAUGAUGGAAGUUUCACAUUCUCUUUGUGGAAUGGAGGUCCUAAUGGAGAAGCUAAAAUCAUCAGUGGAGGACGCAAACAAAGCAGAAGCAACCCCAGUAUCGUUACUACAAAUGGGAUCAACAAUGCCAUCAUCAUCAUUUUCAGAAAAUGGGAAAAAGACAGAAGAAUUGGAGCAAAAAAUGAAACAAACAGCAAACGUUUCAAAUGAAGAUGACAAAAAAAGGGCAGGAGGCAAGACAGCAACAAUAUCACCUGCAGCAGCAACAAAAGCAAUAACAGCAGAAGACAAAGCCGCAAAAAUAGAAAGACUAAAGAGCGGCUUCAGGAUAUGCAGGCCCCAGGGGAGCUUUCUGUGGCCAGACAUGGCAAUAAUGUCUCCUGAUCAGGCUAAGGAAGUGGUCCCUAUUGAAGACCUUGUUAUGGUCCCAACACCUCCCUCAGUCUCUUCGUCCUCCACCUCACCACACCACCUCCUACUCUCUUCCGGCCUUCCCCAAAUGGGAAAGCAUUCAAUAUCCCUUGUGAAGCCACUACCUGAGAGGCGCCCCAUUGCUGUCACUUUGACUAAUCAGUCUCUACCUCCUGGAGCCACCACAACCCAGUUCGUGAAAAAUACCACUACUGCUGUUAGCAUCACGACCAAAACCAAAACUUCUCUGAUUAACCUCAAUGUGGUUCCCAGCAACCUAAAUGAGCCUUCCACUACUGCUGUUUCAUGUUUGCAAGCUGAAAAACAGGAGGGUGGUACGAGGCAAUUAACUCUGGAAGGUGAAAGAAAGGAAAGGUUAAUGAAGUCUGAGCAGAAGAGAAGGGGAUGCUCAACUUCAUCAUCUUCUUGCUUGUCCAAGGUAGUUGGGACUUGGUUAGCUUUUGCUACUCCCAAUCCAACUUUGCAUAAACGGGGUUGA